UAUUCUACAAAAUGGUACGUGUGCCUUGCUUUGCUUCAUCACGUCCAUGCGCAUGCGCUAAAACAAAAAAAUUAAUGUCUGAGUGCCACUGUGAGAUGGCGGAGCUAACGGCGCCGGUAAAGAUAUGCGAGUGCGACUGCGACUGCGACUGCCGGUGCUGCAUCGACCAGCUGUACUCCACCAUCGCCCGCGAGCCGAAAUGGCUGCAGGAUAUGGACAAGAUCCAAUUCUUCCAGACUCCGCUGCACGAGGCGGCGGCGGCGGGCAACACCACAUUGACCAUGGAGAUCAUGAAUCUGAUGCCGUCCUUGGGCAAGAAGCUCAACCCGGAGGGGCUCAGCCCUCUCCAUGUCGCCGUCGACAAGGAAAGCUUUGACACGGCCCUCGCGCUCGCCAAACUCGACAAAGCGCUGGUCCGCGUCAAAGGGAAGGGCGGCCUCACGCCGCUGCACUUCGCCGCCGUGGCCAAGCCUACCUAUAAAGAGGAUGAACUGAAGCUCCUAGUGGGGCUUUUAGCCGAAUGCCCCGACGCCGUGCUCGUGUUGAACAACAGGGGGCAGUCGGCGGUGCACUUGGCGCUCGAGAAUCGGAAUGUCAAAGCUGCUAAAUUGCUCGUGAAUUGGGUCGUCAUUGUGGCCAAGGAGUCGCAUCUUUCGUUCAAGGAUGCCAGUGGCAACACAACUCUUCACGUUGCGGCUCGUUAUUGUGAUGACAAGGAUCUACUGAAAUCACUAACAAAUCUAGUCAAAGUCAACAAAGAGAACAAAUAUGGGGAGACCGCUCUAGACGUGGCCAUCCAUCACCGAAACCACGCCGCCGUCGACAUACUCAAAAACGCCGGCGGAUUCACGACGCGAGAUCACGGAGAAGACACCCCGACCCCCCGCGAGAGCAAAGCAUCAACGAUGGUCCGAUACCUGCGCGGGCAUCACGCAGAGCAGCGCCCCGAGAUGCUGACGCGCGCCUACUACUUCAUCACCAAGGAGCUAACCUUGGAGAUGCGCAACACCAUCCUGGUGGUGGCGGUGCUGAUCGCCACCGCCACGUACCAGGGGGUGCUCCAGCCCCCCGGCGGGGUGUACUCGGCGGAGGGCAGCCCCAGCGUGCGGCUGGGCGGGCGGCGGCUGGUGGACGCGAGCGGGCAGAAGCACCCGCCGGGGCGGAUGGUGAUGGGGACGGUGAAGUACAGCUACUUCAUGCCGACGAACACGCUGGCCUUCAUGUCGUCGACGCUGAUCAUCAUCUUCGUGCUGCCCGACCGCGCCUUCGUGAUGAUCCUGCAGGCCUGCUUGAUCUUCAUGUGCGUCAGCUAUCUCCUCGCCUUGAAUUUCAUCUCCUAUUACAACAGCUUCUCCAAAAUCCUCGACUUCGUGUGCGGCUGCACCCUCGGCGUCGCCUUCCUCAUGAAGCUCGGCUACUACUUCGUGAAGGCGUACUACAACGAGGAUGAGUGGCUGCUGCGCCGCCUCGGCGUCAAGAUCAAAAACCACAAGGCUUGGUUUUUUAGGGAUACUUAUAAGAAACCUGCAGAUGAUGAGGAGAUGUCCACUUUCAGGAGGAUGAGGCAGCAGUACAAACUCAUUAGUAAAAGACUUGGUUAAUUAAUUAAUUAAUUAAUUAUCUUCAUCAUCAAAAUUCAAAACCGCAACUUCAAUUUUUAAUUCUUCGUGUUUUGUCUUUAUGAAUAAACUAUGUGUCACAUGUCAUGUGUGUGUGUUAUUAUUGUUGCACCAUUUGCUGGUACACUGCUACAUGAGAUUUACAUCCGCGGAUUCAGUUUUAUUUUUGUAUUCAGUGUAUUUAUAAUCAGUAGGGUGCGUUUUGCGUCUCUGUACUAAUUCAAUAAAUACAUUUUUUCUUUUAUUAUUUUUUUUUAUUUUA